AUGGCAACUAAACUUCCAAAUUGCAUGACAAAACCUCUUUGCGUAUUUGGAAAGGAUGUAAGGAAAUUAUGUACCAAUACAUUGGGUAGCCGAAGUUGUGGACAAUGUAUCAAACAGCAUCCGGAAUGUGCGUGGUGUCUCGAUCCGCAUUUGGUAGGCCCGUCACGAUGCGACUUGAGAUCUGAAUUUCAAGGCAAAUGUACACCAUCGCUAAUCUAUUCACCUGCUACAGAAGUCCGAAUUAUACCUCAAAAUAAUUUGCCAUUAGGAAGUAAACAGGCAGAUGGUACAACGGUUGUACAACUCGAACCACAACAAGUUGUUCUGAGGAUAAAACCUGGUGAUAUCCUCGAAGUACCAUUCAAAUAUCUUCACAGGCCACAACAAUCCAAUCAACAUGAUUUCGUCAUACAAACCAGCGAAUUUCGAUCAUUGGGUGUUGGUAUCGAUUUUUCUAUUCUUUGCGCAGGAAAGCGAGUACAGGGACGGCAGUGUCCAAAUGUUGCAAUUGGUGAACAAAUCGAAUUUUUUGCGAAAGUAUCUUUGAACGAAUGUAAAUCGGGAGGCGAUAUUGCGGUCUCCAUUGGCGCAUAUGGCUAUCAAACCGUUUCCGCCUUGUAUAUCACACCAUCUUGUGGCUGCGAAUGUGAAAAAGUACAGAAUCAGGAGGGGAAAUCGCCGUUAUGUUAUGGAGUAGGAGACUUGAUUUGUGGUGUAUGCGAAUGUCAACCUGGCAAAGGUGGAAGUCAUUGUGAAUGUGAUUUGAAACAGCAUGGCGCCUCGUCAGCGCAAGAGCUAGAAAAUAGAUGUCGAAAAACUCCGAAUGAUUUUGUUUGCAGCGGUAAUGGUCAGUGUAAAUGCGGUAAUUGUGUUUGCAACGUUGAACAUGUCCGUGGAGACUAUUGUGAAUGCGAAAAUAUGUCAUGUCCAAUUUCUGAUGGUAGAAUGUGCGCAGGGCAAGGUGAAUGCAAGUGUGGCAAAUGUCAUUGUGAAGAAGGUUAUUCGGGAGAUGACUGCUCGUGCGCUCUCGAUACUUCACCAUGUCUGGAGGGCGGUAGAAUUUGUAAUGGACAAGGUGCUUGUGAAUGUGGAAAAUGUGUUUGCCAUGAAGGCUUCACAGGAUUAACUUGUGGAGUGGUAGCGGAAAAUGAGGUGUUAGAAAAUGAAAUGUCAGAAUCAACUGAUUUUGGCGAGAUGGAUCAACUCUCGAAAGAUAGUAUGGACAAGAUGGGAUACGAUCAAUUUCAAGGAGAAGAUUUAGAUGAAACAGCCGACAAUAAAGUCAAGGAAGGUGAAGAAUAUGGCGAUGGACAUGAUCAGGAAGAAAAUGAAGCUAACGAUAUCAAAGCUGGUGAAGUACUGCCACCUGCGGAUGAUGACACAGGUGGUCCAUCAGAUGAAUUAACUGAUGGAAAAGAUGAAGCCGGUGAUGGUGUGAUAACACAAGAAGGACAAACAGCUGGUAGCUUACGGAUAGAAAUUCAUUUCCUCUCUUCACUAAUAUCAUUAAUGAUACUUUUUUGGCCUUAA